CGCUAAAUUUAACACAAAUAAUGACUGAAACAGAUUAUUUCGAUGAAUUUUAAAUAGAUAAAGGUAUUAUUUUUUUAUCUAUGAUUUGGUACUAUAAAAUAGUUCAUAUAUAUUUCUAAUGGACAUUUUGGCUGACAAUUUUCCACUGCUCCUUGAAAAUUCAGGAGAUUGGCCGAUAUGUAACCAUGACAACCCCCUAGAUACGCUCUUCACGAAACAAUCGUCCUGUUGUGUCCGCUUUAAGAGAUCUCGGAAGAAAUGUGUGAAAGCGAAAGUCAUCCAUGUGAUGGCGAAGACAAAAGGAAAGAGUGUGAUUUCUGCAAAUACAGCUCGUCAAUCACUCAAAGCCGCUGGUUUGAUGCUUUCAACAUGCUGACAGUUGUAUUGGACAGUAUUUUCAUAGUCCAUGUGAUCGACCCCUCUCAGACGAAUUUUCCUGUGUUCUUUUAUAUAGCCGACGGCUUUUUUCUGUCCGUCUAUCUGCUGGAGUGUGUGCUGAAGGUGUGUGCUGAUCCGCGGGGAUACUGGAGAAGCGCUUCUAACGUCCUGUCUGCAGUCAUUGUGCUCGUCUCCUGGAUUUGUUGGUUCGUGAAUGUGCUCUCUCAGGCCGUGUCUCCAAAGACCGUCAUCGUCCUACGUGUCCUUCUGAUCAUCAGACUCUUAAAGAUGCUGCCUGACACUUACACACGAGCUUAUCAGGCCUUUAUUGCAGCCUUCUUGAGGGCAAUGAAGACUGCAGUAUUUCUGAUUGGAUUGAUGUUUGUGGUGAUGAUGAUUUAUGCUGUGGCUGGAUAUUUGUUUUUUGGAGACCCUGACACAGGAGAUCCUGAUAACUGGGGAGACAUCGGCAGUGCUCUUUUCACUCUUUUCCGCUUGGCGACAUUGGAUGAUUGGACAGACGUCCAGCAGAGACUCGAUGACCUGAGCAUGGAAUUCAGCUGCAUCUUCACCAUCACCUUCAUCCUUAUUUGCUCCUUCGGAUUCCUAAACAUGAUCAUCGGGGUGGUCGUCACGGAAAUGGCUAAUGCAGCUGAGCAGAUUCAGAAGGACAUUCAGUGUGAACGUAAGGAAUCGGUUGACAAAAAAAAAGAGAUCAUUGUCCAGCAGCAGAAAAAGAAGAUCGAGCGGCUGCUUCAGAGACAGACGGAUGAUGACCGAAGAUUAUACUUCAUAAAGGAGUAUCUCCACAAAGUGGAAGAACAGGAUAACACCACAAAGGAGUGCCUGCAGCUCUUCACUGACAUGAUGCAAAUACUGAAAGAGGAAUUAGAGGACAGGCAGACUGAUCAGACACAGAAAGAGAACAGCCUGCAAAACUAAAGGAAAAUUAAACCUAAAAAAAGAAAGAAUAAAAAGUUUUAAUUCUUUAUGCUAAAAACAUGUAAUAUUUUUAAAUGUUCCAAAAAAAAAAAAAAAGUGUUAAUAGUGUUGUUGUUGUUUUUGUUGUUUUUAUUCAUAUAUUUAUAAAAGUAAUGAGUGUGAUCAUAGCUCAACCAAAGCAAAUAAAAAACAACACUAAACAUAAUAAUUAACUUUUAUAACACUCAAAUGUAAUAA